GUAUAUAUAAAUAAAGAAAAAUUUUUCUGACCUCAGAAUCUCUUAUCUAUCCCCUUCAUUCGAUUUCCCCCCGUCUACAUCUUCUUCGAUUUCUCGCCUCUUUCUCUUUUCCCCCUAUUCCCAUGGCUUCAUCAAUAAACCAACUCCUCCCCUUCUCACUCAACCAAACUACCCCAUGCCCCCCUUUCCCCCUCUCCAAAUACACUACACUAACGAUUCCCGGGCACGGUGGCCCAGCGAAGCUCCGUCUAGGGUUUCGCUUUCCGAUUUCAGCUCCGAGGUCUUCUCCAUCAAAUCAAGCCCUUUAUACCGAUUCCGAUGACGAUGGCGUUUCUCUUGGAACCAUGAAGCUUCCCGCCGAUACCGAUAUUACCCUAUUUCAGACCUUAUUGUUUCAGUGGGCUAAUAGUCUCUGCCAAGGAGCCACUCUACCUCUCCCUGUUCCUCUCCAGAUAGAUAAAGUGGAAGGUGGAGUUAGAUUGGGUUUUAUUAACGUGGUGGAUGGGAAGACAGAGGUCUUUGCGUACAUAGACUGCCUGGUUUACCCUGCGUCCGAGCGAACCGGACCGGUUUUCCGGGCCACAAGAAACGGACCGCUCAAAUCAAAAAUUCCUCCUGGAGAGGAGAGGAUUAUGAGAAGCCUACUCCAAGCCUUGCAGAAAUCCGUUGAAAUUGCAAGGCUUUAGCUACUUCCUUCAAUUUAUAUUUUUCGGUGUACUAAAA